AUUCCUAAGGGGGUAUGUCCCCUCCGUAGGUCAAAGUCAGAGACCACAAGGAGGGAACCCCAGAGCACCCACCUCUCCUUGCCUGGGAAACUAGAAGUGGAGCUGGGGAGAAGGAGAAGGAGGUGGAAAGGAUGGGCAGCAAGGAAGAUGUGGGGAAGGGAUGUCCGGCGGCCGGUGGCGUCUCCAGCUUCACCAUCCAGUCCAUCCUGGGCGGGGGCCCCUCCGAGGCACCGCGGGAGCCCGCCGGGUGGCCAGCCAGGAAACGCAGCCUGUCUGUGUCCUCGGAGGAGGAGGAGCCGGAGGAAGGUUGGAAGGCUCCGGCUUGCUUCUGCCCAGAUCCGCACGGCCCCAAGGAGCCAAGCCCUAAGCACCAUACCCCCAUCCCUUUCCCUUGCCUGGGUACCCCCAAGGGCAGCGGAGGCGCAGGGCCUGCGGCCUCGGAGCGCACGCCAUUCCUUUCUCCUUCUCACCCGGACUUUAAGGAAGAGAAGGAGAGGCUUUUGCCGGCGGGCUCGCCUUCUCCGGGCCCGGAGCGGCCACGGGACGGCGGUGCGGAGCGCCAAACCGGAGCGGCCAAGAAGAAGACGCGCACCGUCUUCUCCCGCAGCCAAGUGUACCAGCUCGAGUCUACCUUCGACAUGAAACGCUACCUGAGCAGCUCGGAGCGCGCUUGCCUCGCCUCCAGCCUGCAGCUCACCGAGACCCAGGUUAAGACUUGGUUCCAGAAUCGCCGCAACAAGUGGAAGCGGCAGCUCUCAGCCGAGCUUGAGGCAGCCAACAUGGCACACGCGUCGGCGCAGACUCUCGUGGGCAUGCCGCUCGUGUUUCGGGACAGUUCGCUGCUGCGAGUGCCGGUGCCGCGCUCUCUGGCCUUCCCGGCUCCGCUUUAUUACCCGAGCAGCAAUCUCUCGGCCUUACCGCUCUACAACCUGUACAACAAGCUUGACUACUGACAUGCUCGCCCGCCGGCUCCCGGGACGCCCCUGGUCGCCUGCAGCUGCCUGCAUAGCCCGGCGCGGUCGGGAUCCUUCGCAGAGCUCCGGAGCAGAGCGGCGCGUGUCCAGAAAUAUUAAGAAAUACACCAUGUGUAUUCGUUAUGUCUUAUUUAUGGCCUCUUUCCUACCUUUUGUUUUGUUUUGUUUUAUUUUGUUUUGUUUUGUUUUGAGUAUUUAUCUGCAUUCCUCACGCCAGAGCACCUGCUUUCUACACAAAACCAAACAACUCGCGUUUGAAACUAUUUUGGAAGGGGAGGCUCUCGGGUGGUGGUGGGAAGUGGGGUUUUGAUUAGGUCGGUUUUGACCAGUAGCAAGAAAAAAAAAAAAACAUCAGAAAAACCACCAACAGAACCAGGCAGUCUUUCUCCCAUAUAUACACCUGUAUAUAGAAAAUGUGGUAGGACACAAGCUCAGCCGAGCCGAACCAACUAGGGCUUUGGUCGUUGAACUAAUCACUUCUCUUUAUUCCCUUCAUCUUGAGGAUGGGUAGGGGCAAAACGAGGAGAGUACAGAUCUGUAAAUAUUUUUAAAGAGAAAAAAAUAAAACGUUUUAAACAUGGUUGCUAACUUUGGAGGGAUGGAUUGUCCCAGGAGACAGCGGCAGAGGAGUUUCUGGAUUUUUUUUUUUUUUUUUGCCAGAGCAUGCAGGAUUCUGUCUCCUCCCUCAGCCCCCAAGGUUCUGCUCUCACCACGUGUGGGUGGGGCUGGGCUCAGAGGUUAAAGGUCGGGAUAUUGGGGCUGCCCAGGCAGCACGUGACUGGGGCUGCUUACAGGAACAGCACAGUUCCCACGACCCAGGUGUGCGGGUUGGGGUGCACUCGAGAUGGAAUCCAGAUCCACAGCCCCGCGCAGCGAAAGACAAAGCCAGGAGCCUGGCUGCUGACCCGGUCGCCUCUGGGAAUGAGCCAAGCAAGGAGGUGAACAUCUCCCCGAUACUGGGCUGUUUUGGGCUAGACGAAAGCUGGGCACGCCGCGAAAGGCCGGAGCUCUUGGCGUUCUUGGCGUCCUCCUGCGCGGAGUAAAACGUGGGGUGAGAGAAAGCGUCCGCUUGGGUUCCAGAGCCACAGGCGACUGGCUUGCAGCCCUCGCAGGGGUCUCCCGCUGGUGACACAGUUGCGAGAGUUCUGCGCAGAGCGGGAAGUGAUGCCUAAGGGUCAGAUUUCGUUGGAGGGAUUCGUGGAGCAGAUGACACGGGCGCUUCCCUAGUUUCUUUUUGUAGUUGUUAAAUUUGCCCGUGAAUGACAAAAAGGUCGGAUCACUGGCUAACUUGCAGCAGCUGUUUCUGAAUUGAGCACUGAGGAUUGCAGUGCCCGGCUGCCUGCCUCCAUGCAGGGUUAGGGAGGCUCUGCACCCGGAGAACUGCUUCGUCAGGAUCAUGCAAAUCACAGCACUGUAUUUUCUCUACGUUUUCAUAGCAUCCACCUGUUCCUUGUUAAAUGUCAGAAAUGGGCCUGGAGCUUGGAGGAGGCCUCAGGUAGAGUUAUUAGGUCCAGCCCGCCUCCCCUCAGUGGUUGAUCAGGGUGCAAAGAGCUAGGAGUCUGCAGCGCCAAGGCCCUAUCUAUUUCUUUCUUCAGAAGAAAACCUGGUGCCUGAGGGACCGGUCUCUUUGAGCCAAGGGGGCAUCGAAAUGACUUGCAUUUUGUAGAAAUUCACAGAAUGUAAACGUUUACAUGGCCCAUAUCAUUCCGUGAAAUAUGCCUGGCAGAAGAGAUUUGCUCUGAUAUUGCCUAUUUUUUUCUUAACACAUUAUAUUUUAUAAAACCUGCAACUCCUCCUAGGUGACAUUAGAUGGAUGCUACACAAGAAUGCACCGGGCAAUACUAGGUUGGUUUGCUUACAUUUGUUUUAUUUUAGCUGUGUUCACCUCAAUAAGUAUUUGUUGAGGUCUCAACAUGUGCUAAGAACCUACACUAAAUUUGGGGUGGUCCAAAGGAGAACACAAAGAGGCCUAUCAGUUCUCUUCUUACUUAUUAAAUAUGUGUUUUCAAUUGC